CGCUUAGAUUAUUAUCACAUUUUAUCAUAUUUGAUUGGGUAACUUAGAUAUUACCCCAUAAACGUGUUAUCUUGUCCGUAUUACUGCACUAUUUUUACUUCUUAAAAAGAAAAAUGGCGGAUAUCAGUAUUAUAAUAUUAAAAGUUUUUCUUCUAAACUUGUGCAUUUUUCUUCAUUCUGCAAUAGGAGCGUCUUCUAGUUUAUCAUCGAAUCAACAGGACUUGAAGUUGAGAGACGGUGGAGGCCGGGUAGAAAGAUCUAAAGGGUGUUCUAAUGACGCCAAGCAACUUAAAGCGGUUCCAAAUCAUGCGGAUAUGUAUGGAGGAAGACUUGUUGAUCUUUCUGGUCCAUGUUUCGCGACAGACAAACCGGCAUAUUGCCAGUUCAAAAACCCACAUGACGGCGUAGUCCUAGCGAAUCAGGAAGCUGUAGAUAUAAGCAGAACACGUGUCCUAUGUGUGGUGCCUAGACUUCUAGUACGUGACCGCGUGAUUUUAAGUGUUUCAACAGACAAUGGGAAAACCUACCCAUACAGUACUAACUUUACUAUUGUUUUUCCCGGAAGAAUGCCACCCUUAGUAAGAAACCUAGGGCGAUGGUUCUUUCCCGAUGCAACUGUUCUAAGUCUUGAAUGGGAUAAUACAUUGCUCACCAACGACCGGAAUUCUCUGGUUGACAUACGACUCAUUGGUUUCAAGGAGAAUGAUGGAAAAGCAAUUUACAAACCUUUGAUCACCCUUGGUAAAGAUGUACCGGCGUCAAAUGGUGAGUAUGAAUUUGAAGCCAGAAACUACCAAUGCACAGGACAAGACUGUUUCGAGUAUGAGGUCGGAUUGGUUGAGGUGAAACUACAAGAAAAGUUCACGCCUACCAAGAACAAGUUUUUGUCAACAAAUCGUGUACCACUCGGUUGGUUUGUCAGAAAUGUAAUGAAAGCAAAAUACGGCUCGGAUUGGCCCUCUGAUUUGUGUAUGAAAUGGCAUAAAAGCUCUUCUCGGGACAUGAAAUGGUUUGGCGAGAUUCUUAAAUGUCCAUGUUCGCUGGCUCAGGCAAUCGCAGACUUUGGAAGGUGGCAGCCUGAUAAAGGAUGCAAUCUACAAAAGGCGGCCAAUCCGCGCAAUUGUUUUUACCACAAUGCUGCCGUUCAUUGCGUGCGUUCCGUGCAGCCAGUAAAUGGAGCCGGAAACCAGUGUUGUUACAGCGCUAAAGGAUAUCUUGUGUUCGCGGCAGACACAUAUUUUGGAAGUACAGCUGACAAAAGUCACGAUUGGGGAGCUGCACCAUAUGGUAAACCUGGUCAUGUUCCAAUUCUCUCUCAUUGGGUAGACGAUAUAAUUCCGCUAUUCAGCUGUUGCCAGUGGACAAACUUCAAGUCAUGUGACUAUUAUGUUCAGCUAAGAGGAACUACGGAUUGUACGGAAUAUAACCCUCCUGUACCAGCGUUUGUGUACGGGCAAGGUCACAUUGCGACAUUAAGAGGCCAGAAGAUCCGCGUCAUGGCGCCGGGGGAUUAUAUCUUGCUUAAAGCAGGGACCACAGAGGUGCAGGCGAGAUUUGAGAAUAAUCUUACUCCAACUGAAAGUGGGAAGGUUAUUAACAACACGUUCACGUUGACAUCUGUGGCCAUAGAAAGCGAUGGAAUAUCAGACAGGGUAGAACUACGGUUGCAAAAAGAUGAUACUAAAAACAUUGUUUACAUCGAAGUGCUACUGAAUGGAGAAAUUAAAGAAUUUAAGGAGAAAUCUUUAAAAUGGCAAGAUUUCAAAGGUGUUGCAGUUAUUAAUACCGAUUUGACCGGAAAGAAUGACAAUUAUACGGUGCUUCUUACCAAUAACAUAGGGUUUCAAGUGGCAACCGUUGCUGGCACCAUGCAGCUAGAUCUUAUGAUGCCUACGGACAUUAUUAAAGUGACAUCUGGAAUAUUCGGAAACAUUGACGGAGGCGAAACAUUGUCGAAUGGUGAAUCAAUUGAUUUAUUUGAUGAUGCUAACAAACCCGAAGAUGUGUACAAUUUUGAAAAAGCAUGGAAGGUGAAAAAUAACAACCUUUUUAAAGACAGUAAAACGUUUCCAACAGAAGCAAUUUUCAACCCUAAAUCAUUAUCAUUAAGAAUACGUUCCCAGACUUACUGUACAAUCAGCAGACGGACUAUUUUUGAUGAUUGUGAAUUUGAUUACACUCGCACUGGCUCAGAAGCGAUCGCAAAGGCAACACAGGAAGCUGGUAUCAGGCGCGAGUCUCUUAUUGAUAAUUUAGAGCCAAUCCGGUCUUGUGGUUUACUUGAUGUUCCGAGAUCUAAAAAAUCGAGCUAUGAAUACACAAUUGGUACAACCACGACCGUAACUGAAUGUAGGAGCGGUUCUUUAUCGGGUAACACCACAUAUACAUGCGUUGACAACUUGGGUGAAACUCAGGCCUGGUCUCCGGAUGUGACAGCAAAAUGUGAAUUGGAAACGGAAAUGGAAAUGGAAAAUUCGUCUAACUCGUCUAACACAGGAAUGAUUGUUGGCAUCGUGAUUGCUGUUUUGGUUGUUGUAGCAAUUAUAAUUAUUGUGGUUGUCCUCGUUUUUGUACGGAAAAGAAGAAAUGGAAACCGAAAAGACGGUGCUCCAUAUGCAACUGACGAAGCGGUCGCUAUGAAACCUGAGGAUGUUAAGUGACCAGUACCAAAAUAAUGUUAAUAAAAUAGGAAACAUUUCAAACAAAUUUCAAACCAGCAAUACCAGAAUUUCAUACAUAUAUCAUACAUAGUUUCACAUUUAUAUUUUUGUAUUGUAUUAUAUAAUAAUGUAAUGCUACAGCCCGUCUCACACAGAACACAGGGCUUAUACGGUUGGCCACCCGUGUAAACCGUACAUACAACCGAACCAACCGUGGCGUUAUCCGAAUUACACUCGGACCAUUGUAUCCGUGUAAGUCGUGUAUGAUUUUUGAAACUUUAAAAAAACUGGUACGGAUGUCAUGUCCGGUCCGUGUGUGAUCGUAUAAGCGACCGUACAAGACCGUAAGAGACCGUAUGAGCUAUAUAUAACCGUAUUUGAAGUCCACUCCACGAUUGAGCCUAACCGUGUCAAGAUCGUAUAUAAAUCGUAUGGAAUCGUUCGAGACCGUCCCCAAGUCCUACCUCCAACAUCUGAUUAACACCCGAAUGUAACACGAUAACGGCACGAUACACACGAGUGCACACACGGGGUCAUACCAUCGUCAUACGACCAAGUACGAAUCAUGCAUGGCAGACACGGUAUAGUUCGGGUGUACACGGUCUCAUUCGGCCUCGCACGGUCUUUAACGGCCUCUACGUCAUCACGAACUGUACAACUGCUGCCACCCUCAGCUGCUAGAUCUACCCAGAGUACUUGCUGCAUAACACUAGAAUACAUCCAAAGAAGAAGGUUCCCACGCACAGAAGGAAUACAAGAAAGGCCAUCCAGGCCCGCAGGCCACUUCAACCUGCUGACCGUGAUAAGCCCGAGGAUCCACCGGCACUACCUGAAGAGAGACCCGUUUCUCCCAGGGAUUCAGGGUCGGAUGUCAGCUCGGUGGGAUCUCCAUCAAAAUGGGUCAAUUUAUAUAAAAACAUACUCGAAUGUCUAAUAAUUCGAGCAUAACUUAAACAAAAGUCGGAGGGACCCUAUGUAAACCCUGUGAAUGUCGAAAAAAAAUCGAGUAAACGUAGUACUUAAUCGUACUAGACCGACCUUUGAACCGUACAACAAUCAUAUGUAUUUGUAUGCAAAUCGUGUUCAAACCUUGCUUAACCGAGUACAUCCGUGCUUUAUUCGUACAAACUUAUGCUACAUUCGAGUCUAACUCGUAUCAACUAAUCUCCAAGCACAGUUGGAGCUAAAUACUCGUACCAGUCAACCCGUGUAUAACCGAGUAUACCGUAUGGGAACCGUUUUCUGUGUGAGACGGUCUGUAAUGCAAAUGUUAACUAUUUACAAUGCAAUAUGAAAAGAUGUUGUGUAUUAAAACAGCAAUUUGCUAAACGGCCCAUUAUGCUCCAGCAAUGCUUUUAAUUCUACUUCCCAAAGGCUUUUUUUUAAUUCUGGUGUCCUGUUAUAGUUUCCAGAAUUUUACUCAUUGCCCAAUUACUUGGCGGCGUGGCCGAGUGGUUAACGCGUCUGACUAGUAAUCUAAUGAUUGCCGACCGUGCAUUCAAACCCGUCAGGGGCCAGCCGUUGUUUCCUUGAGCAGGAAACUUUACAUUCAUUGCUUAGUACUGGUUGGUUCCAGGAACGAAUAAGAGUUUAGAGAAUUAGUGUUUCAAUAAGCUUAUUGCUUCCAACAUAAUGAACUUAUUACUCGAAACUUAUUUUGCAUCUGUUGUUUUUGUAAAUUAGUUUAGUUAUAAUGAUUUGUAUUUUGUAUGGAAGUCAAAUACUACUUUGUUUACAUUUUGCUUCUUUUAUGACAAAUAAUUUCACAUUCAGUGCUACGUUUUCAGCUGAUAAGUGUCUAAUGUGUACU